AUGGUAAUGACUAAUGCAACUGUAAUGAGUGGAUUCUUCCUCAUGGGGUUUUCUGACAACCGUGAGCUGCAGAUCUUGCAUGCUUUGCUUUUCUUGGUGAUGUACCUAUUGGCCUUGGCAGGAAACCUCAUCAUUAUCAUCAUCACAACGCUGGACCAGCAUCUCCAAUCCCCAAUGUAUUACUUCUUGAAGCACCUUUCCCUGCUGGAUGUCUCCUUCAUUUCUGUCACAGUCCCCGAGUCCAUUGCCAGCUCACUGAUGGACAACAGCUAUAUUUUAUACAGUCAAUGUGUACUUCAAGUUUUCUUUUUCACAUCUUUGGCCUGGGCUGAGGUGGCCAUUCUCACAGUGAUGUCUUAUGACCGCUAUGCAGCCAUUUGUCUCCCACUGCACUACGAGGUCACCAUGGAUCCCAGAAACUGUAAGUGGGCUGUGGUAGCUGUCUGGCUAAGUGGAGGCAUCUCUGGAAUCUUGUACACAUCAGCCACAUUUUCUAUCACAUUUUGUAGGGCCAAAGUAAUCCACCAGUUCUUCUGUGAUGUCCCUCAGUUGCUGAAGCUCUCCUGCUCCAAUGAUUACCUUGGAGUGAUUGGAGUGGCUGCUUUUAUGUCUGUGAUGGCACUCAUCUGCUUCGCCUCCAUUGUCUUCUCCUAUAUCCACAUCUUCUCCACAGUUCUAAGAAUACCCUCUGCUGAGGGCCGGUCUAAGGCCUUCUCUACCUGCCUGCCCCACCUUUUUGUUCUCUCAUUUUUUCUCUCGACGGGCAUCUUUGAGUUUCUAAAACCAACUUCAGAUUCUCCAACUGCUUUUGACCUUAUGAUAUCUAUCUUUUAUACAGUAAUGCCCCCAACAUUCAACCCUAUUAUCUACAGUCUGAGAAAUGAGGCCAUGAAGGGAGCUUUAAGAAAGUUACUGUUGGGUGGAGAAUUAACUGGAAAAAAGCCAUUUCUGUCCUGUUGUUGA